AUGCUGUUCUAUCAUGCAGGUAGAAGCAAUCUAUAAGCAGUGUUUUGAGUACUUUCUUUGAAGUUUAUAAGAGUAUUGGAUAGAUAUAUACACAUAUAUUUGUGUGUGUGUGUGAGUGAAUUUGAAAGAUGGGUGAUCGGCAGCAACAAGCACAACAACAGGCACAGGGCAUGAUGCAGAAGAUACAAGAAAAAACACCCAAUUUACAGCAGAUAAUGAAGCUGGUUGGUGCAAUUGCUGUGGGAGGGAUACUCAUGGUUAUGGCUGGCAUGACAUUUGCAGGGACUGUGGUAACACUGGUUUGUGCCACCCCUGUGCUGGUUUUCUUUAGUCCUAUACUUGUUCCUGUUGGAAUUGUUUUGUUUUUAACCAUGGCAGGUUUUCUGUCUGCUGGUGGGUUUGGAGUUGCUGCUCUCUCUGCUCUCUCAUGGAUCUAUAACUACAUGAGAGGAAAACACCCACCUGGGUCUGAUCAGGUGGACUAUGCAAGGCAAAAGAUUGCAAGCAAGGCAAGAGAUGUGAAGGAAAGAGCCAAGGAGUAUGGUCAAUAUGUGCAGAAUAAGGCUCAGGAGGUCACCCAAGGAGCUUGAACAAUAUAUUAUCAUAAGUACAUCUAAGUCUACUUUCACUAGGCCAUUUGCAGUAUAUUAUUGGAGGCAUUUCAUGUUGGAUCGCAGAUAUAUAUACAUAGAGUAUAUUAUGCUCUCUGCACCAUUCAUCCAUUAGUAUAUUGUUUCAUGGAAAUAAUGUUUUUAUAGGUUUUUCCUUUGUAGUCAUUGGGUUUUGUUCAGUAUCAGGCCUCUAGUGGUAGUGAAGUUGCAUUUGAUCCUCUGUCGUUGUAAAUGGCAAUGUUGUGUUAAAUUCUGUUUAAGACAUGGUAAAUGUUUAGAUCAUUGUAUUUGAUCUCUAUAUAUAGUGUUUUUUUUCUCUUA